CGAGCUGCGGGCUGUACGAGGAUUAGAAUUGUGCUUCAUGUAAGCUAUGCAUCAUGAUACAACAACGACUGGAUGAUCGGCUUUUCCUAGACUACAGAUAGAAUCGCCCAUGCCCGACAUGCUGCUCCAGGAUUAUACACAGCCGUUCUCUCCAAGCCGCCUCGCUGAGAGUCUUGCCGCGUACGAUUUCCCGCAUUAUCCAUGUCGUUCGACAAGAGCAGAACCAAUUCUAACGAGUCCUCCUUGGAGGUUCAAUCCAUCAAUGAAGUUGAGAAACCAGCCAACUGGUCCAACCUCAGGAAAUGGUCAAUUAUCGUCACGGCCACCUUGAUCACCUUCAUGGUAUCUUUCGCCAGCAGUGUUUACUCUGCCGUGACAAGUUCCAUAGCCUCAGAGUUUAACGUGUCUCCUCAAGUUUCAAUUCUCGGAAUUGUCCUCUAUGUGGCGGCCUUCGCUUUGGGCCCAAUGAUAUGGGGUCCCGCCUCAGAACUAUAUGGCCGGACACGUCCGUUGUUUCUUGGAUACUUCUUGUUCCUUGUAUGGCAGAUACCCUUCUCUGUCGCGACAAACAUCGAGACCGUUCUGAUCGCUCGCUUUUUCGCGGCACUGUUCGGAUCCUCAACCCUCGCGAUUGUGGGAGGCAUGAUGGUUGACUUUUUGAGCCCCAUCGAACGAGGUAUCUCCACCGGAGUCUACAGCGUCGGCGUCUUCUGCGGCCCAGUGCUCGGCCCCGUCUUUGGCACGCUGAUCAACGAUUCGCUUGGUUGGCGAUGGACCGGCUGGCUUACAUUGAUCGUCGGAGCUUUUCUGGGGGCCAUCUGCCUCCUGUGCACGCGGGAAUCCUCUCCGCACGUACUCCGUCGGCGGCAUGCACGGAAAUUCGGUCUGCCUUGCGACGAGCAACAAGCUGGGGUCCGGAUGUUCAUGGAGAAGUAUCUGACCAAGCCGGUUCGCAUGCUGUGCUUUGAACCAAUUCUCAUGAUCUUCACAGCAUACAUGUCGUUGGUGUACUCGAUCCUCUAUCUCACACUCACCAUGUAUCCCUACGCUUUCAGCGUCACUCGGAAUCUUGACGCCCGCACAGCCUCGCUGCCAUUCCUAUUCCUUCUUGCAGGCAUUAUCAUCGCCUGCGUGAUAAUAACGAUUCACAGUGUUCACGUCGGUAAGGCGCAAGCCGCAGGCCGUCCAUUUUGCCCAGAAGAUCGCUUGGGUCCCGUUGUGUUUGGCUCGUUAUUGCUGACAGCUGGGCUCCUUUGGUUCGCAUACACGUCUGAUGAGUCCAGGUUUCAUUGGAUUCUGCAAGCCUCAUCCGGAGUUCUUACGGGUUGUGGCAUCAUUCUAGUUUUCAUGCUUUCCAACCUUUACCUCAUUGAGGUAUACCUCGCCAGCGCGAACAGUGCCUUGGCGAUGAACAUUUUCGUCCGCUCGGGUAUCGCCGCAGCGUUCCCAAUUCUCUCGCGGCCCAUGUUCAACCACCUGGGCGUGACCGGUGCUGUAAGCAUGUUGGGUUACAUCUGUCUUGGUCUCGCCAUGUUUCCGCCUUUGAUGAUUCUCUUCGGUCACAGGAUCCGGGCCUGGUCCAAAUUUGCUCAAUGAGUGCCGGGUGCGUACACGGUGCGCUCCCGAUGCUGAGUGCGAUGAGCCGGCUCGGGAGAGGCUGCCUCUUUAGCAUGACAGGGCAUGGCGCUGCCGUCUGUUUGGGACACGGGCGUGAUCACAUGAAACAAAAUGGAACCAAAAUUGACUUAUCCUUCUAAUCGGUUUGCGUUUUCUGUACUAUCCGCGUGCAUGCAUCAAGCGACAUCGCGCGUCCGGCGCGUCAUUGCAAGGGCCGCGAGAUAUAGAGCAAGCAAAAAUGCAAACGGACAUGGAAUGUUUCGCCCAGGAAAGGGCGCGUCUUCGCGCUAACAAAAUUUUCGCAUUUGACCGCUGUAGUGGAUACAGACAGGAGCAGAAGCGAUCUGUUGUAGCCGAGAGUCUUGGCACGCCAGUCCAGCGAAACAUUCAUCGGGACUCGAGGCGUCCUUUAAUUUGGUAAGCACCAACCGCUCGAGCACCCGGGCAAAGUUGGAACAACCACCCUUUUC